GUUUCGUUUGUUUGUUGCUUCGAGUUGAUUGCUGGCAGCAGUUCCGAGUUUACGUGAGCACGGCUCUUUCCCUUUUCUCUCGCCUUCUUUUCACGUAUUAAUAUUAAUGUGUCGCACGUGGUGUUAACUUACUGUCACGGAACUAGAGCUUGUAAAUCUUUGAAACGAUUACCUGCGGCACUGUUAUCAUGCCUGCCGCUUUAGCUUACACGACGGCACGUCGUGUUCUCUCAAAGUGCUUCGCGGGUCGUUUAGCGGUUCCCGGGCUGUCACUGCGCUACUGUUCAGUUGCCAACACUCUCCGCGUCAAGCAGGAAAUUGAAGAAAAGCGCAAAGCGGCCUUGCUCGGCGGAGGCGAGAAGCGCAUAGCUAAGCAGCAUGAAAAGGGAAAGCUGUCGGCGAGGGAGCGCAUAUCAAUCUUGCUGGAUCCCGGAACGUUUGUUGAGUAUGACAUGUUCAUGGAGCACACAUGCAGUGACUUCGGUAUGCAUAAGGAAAAGUUUUCUGGUGACAGCGUCGUGACAGGGCACGGAGAAAUUCACGGCCGACAAGUGUUUCUCUUCAGCCAGGACUUCACAGUUUUCGGCGGGAGUCUUUCAAGUGUCCACGCCAAGAAGAUAUGUAAGAUUAUGGACCAAGCCAUGCUUGUGGGAGCUCCUGUGAUUGGACUCAAUGACUCUGGGGGCGCGAGAAUCCAGGAGGGUGUGGAAUCCCUAGCUGGCUAUGCCGACAUCUUCCAGCGCAAUGUUCUCUCUUCCGGUGUUGUACCACAGAUCUCUGUGAUCAUGGGGCCCUGUGCUGGGGGUGCCGUUUAUUCUCCCGCUAUGACGGACUUCAUCUUUAUGGUCAAGGACACAUCGUACCUCUUCAUCACAGGCCCAGAUGUUGUGAAGGCUGUUACAAAUGAAGAUGUCACUCAGGAGGAGCUUGGUGGGGCCAAAACUCAUACAGUCACUUCUGGUGUGGCUCACAAGGCAUUUGAAAAUGACGUGGACGCCAUGAUGGAGCUGCGUCGUUUCUACGACUUCAUCCCAAUGAACAACAAGUCUGGGCCUCCUGUGCGGAAAUGCUUUGAUGCCUGGGAUCGGAUAGUUCCAAGCCUAGACAGCGUGGUGCCCCUGGAGUCUACAGCCGCUUACGAUAUGCACGAUGUCAUUCUUGACGUAGUGGAUGACCGUGACUUCUUUGAAAUUAUGCCAGCAUAUGCAAAGAAUCUGCUUAUCGGGUUCGCUCGGAUGAACGGUCAGACUGUUGGCAUUGUGGGCAACAACCCCAAAUCGGCAGCAGGUUGCCUUGACAUCAACUCAUCUGUGAAGGGUGCAAGAUUUGUCCGAUUUUGUGACGCAUUCAACAUUCCCAUUAUCACAUUUGUGGAUGUUCCUGGGUUCUUGCCAGGUACCGCUCAGGAGUAUGGGGGAAUCAUCAGGCAUGGGGCCAAACUUCUGUAUGCCUAUGCUGAAGCGACCGUCCCCAAAAUAACCAUAAUCACUAGGAAGGCAUAUGGAGGUGCCUACGACGUGAUGAGCUCCAAACAUUUAAGGGGAGACACCAAUUACGCUUGGCCCACAGCUGAGGUUGCUGUCAUGGGAGCCAAAGGUGCCGUCUCGAUCCUGUACCGGGGAAAAAAGGACGUGGCACAUUAUGAAGAAGAGUACAUCCGCAAGUUUGGCAACCCUUUCCCGGCUGCCGUCCGAGGCUUCGUCGAUGACAUCAUUGAGCCAAACAUGACUCGCAAGAAGAUUUGCAAAGACCUAGACUUGUUGCAAACCAAGAAGCUGAAAAAUCCAAAGAAAAAGCACGGCAACAUUCCACUGUGAUUCCAUUUGGCAACAUUCUUCGUUGCGGGCCACCCGACAUUAUUCGGACUUUUUCUAUCCUGUCCAUGGUGCAAAGAGCCUACGUGGGACUUUAGGGUGUACAUUUCUGUUUGUACAGUGUUGUGUGGGGUGUCCAUGUACUGCGUAACUGUGGUGAGCAUGCAAAUGAAGGAGCACAUUGUGAAACUGCUGUGAUUAAGGCACUUUUUGAAAUGUGCCAUAUUUGAUACUGUUGCAAACUCUGGGACAUGUGAGCAUGUGACUAAUUGCUUUCUUUUAGUAUAUCAUUUUGUUUAUUUCUGUUCUGUAUGUAGAAUCGUAUACUGUCUUCCAAGCUUCUUCCGAAUUCAAACUGAAGUGAAAAAAAUUUAAAAAAGCCUCAGUUGUCACAUUUUUUUUACACUAUCCUGAUAACUUUCCCUUUGUUCUCAAAGCUUUUCCUCUGUAUGAGGAAAUAAAAUCGUAGUUGUACUGGGAUCGUAGUUGUACUGGGAUUGGCAUUUACUCUAAAACAAACUGAAAGUAUUUCUUAUAUAACCAACAUGUGCAUAAUUUUGUUGGCUGGCAGCAGUCUUGCGUUUUUGUUCCAUUUCGGCUUCUUUUGAGCAUUUUACUGACUGCUAUUGAUGAUACCGCUGUGGUUGUGUGGUGGCACUGCAUUUGCAAGGUGCAGACCUGAAGAGUAACCAAGUGAUAUUUACACAAGUUAAGUUUCUCUUGUUUUUCUUCAAGGUAUCUGUUGAAAGGAUGUGUGGCAUGUCCUGCGGAACAUGUAAAAUCUACCAUGAAGCAUCUCUAUGCAGAGUGAAUGUAAAACAAAUGCCUUGCCUGAUUAGUUGUUUUUCUUUAUUUGUUUUUUAAUUUGUUUUAUAUGUUCCCAUAUUAUGUCGCCGGGUCACCUUGCUACCUCCGUGUUUUGUAUUGUGUGAAUCUCGCCAAUGCAUUGUCUAACCCAGAGAUUGCAUUUCGUACUUCCACUGUUCCCGCUACUCACGCUUGUUUUUUUAAAAGCUAUUAUUGUGCAUCCUCUACACCGCUCUUUCUUUAUUGGAUGUGCGAACUAUCACAAUUUUUUUAUUUCUAUAUUUUAUACCUGCUGCUUGUUAAGAGCAUUCAUGCUGAUGUGUUGAUUUUUUCCGGUGCUGUUUAUUAUUAUUUCUAAAAUAUGGCUUUUACACAAUUUAGUCUAGGUAAACACGUACACAUAAAACUGGAACCCUUUGCAGUACUCAUUCUGGCUCAUUUAGGCUCAUUUUAGGGAGAAAAUUGGCACUGCUUCUGUGCAAGUAAUUGUGGGAAACUUUUAUAAUUAGUGAGUCUGAAAUUCAAUAUUAUUGCCAGCACGUUGAGAUUUAUUGUAAUGAAUUUUGGAGGCAUUGGGAAAAGUGUACCUGAUAUAUGACCUGCUUUUUAGUAGACUUGUGAUUCACUGAUGUAAUGAGGCUGCAAAUAAGUCAAUUCCUUUUUUAAAUAAAGUAAUGCCAUUGGCUCCUA